CAUCGAUCGCAACGACGUGCACACCAGUUUCAACAAACGCACAGCUCGACGCCUCAUCGAUCUCGGUCACCUCGCGCAGCCAUGGACGAGCGCAGGAAGCCGGCGUUCGUGCCGCUGCUCUGCCUAGCCCUCGCCGUCCUGCUGAGCGAGGCGCCGCCGCGGUGUGCGGCGUUCAACCCGCGCAUGCUGUUCCUGGUGAAGCCCGACCCGAUCGUGCUGCAGGACCACCGCGGCGCGCUGCUCACGGGGAACCUCACCGUCAACCUGCUCUUCUACGGCCGCUUCGCCCCGGCGCAGCGCGCGAUCGUCGCCGACUUCGUCCGGUCCGUCUCGGCGUCAGCGCCGCACCCGCAACCGGGCGCGGCGCCGUCCGUGGCGUCGUGGUGGCGCACCACCACGCUGUACCGCGGCGGCGGCGCGCGGCUGAGGCUCGGCAGGCAGAUCCUGGACGAGCGCAUGUCGCUGGGCCGGUCACUCUCUCUGGACAACGUCACGGAGCUGGCGAGGGCCGCUGGGCACCACCGCGGUGCCAUCACAGCCGUGCUCACCGCGGCCGACGUCCUCGUGGCACCGUUCUGCAUGUCGCGGUGCGGCGUCCACAACCACGCCAGAGGGGGCGCGCACGGCAUGGCGCGGUACACCUACCUGUGGGCUGGGAACCCGGCGCAGCAGUGCCCGGGCCAGUGCGCGUGGCCGUUCCACCAGCCGCUGCACGGCCCGCAGACCCCGCCGCUCGUGGCGCCCAACGGCGACGUGGGCGCGGACGGCAUGGUCAUCAGCCUCGCCGCGCUCCUCGCCGGCACGGUGACCAACCCGUACGGGGACGGUUACUACCAGGGCGAGACCGGCGCCGGGCUGGAGGCCGCCACGGCGUGCGCCGGCAUCUUCGGGAGCGGGGCCUACCCCGGCUAUCCCGGGAAGUUGCUCACAGACCCCGUCACCGGCGCGAGCUACAACGCCGUCGGGCUCGGCGGGAGGAAGUACCUGCUCCCUGCGAUGUGGGACCCGACGACCUCGCUGUGCAAGACGCUUGUGUAGACGUGGUGGGAGUGACGCGCGCAGCGCGGGGAGAAGGCAAAAUGGAUGGUCUAGCUUCACGAGGGGACGAAAAAUAAAUGGCUCAUUUAUUUUCAUUCCUUGUUCACUUGUUGCAUGUGCUUGUUGUAGUUUGCUCUCCGAGGAGAGACUGUAUGAUGCAUUGUAGGACGUUUGUGUCAAUGGAUUUGCAUGUUAUUUUUCAA